GUAUGAAGCUGCUGAAUUGAUGAAUUCAGAAAACCCAUUUCUUAAAUCUACUCAUCUUCGCUUCUCUCUAUCUGAGAAUACUGUCAGCUAUGCGGGCUUCAAAACGUCGGCGUACGAGCAGCCAGAGCCUCGAAAACGAUCCUAAGGAACAAAAUGCAGAAGAAGGGCGGGAAGAAACGACAGUCAAUACCAGCGCAUCUGUGAAGGGUAAGAAAGACAAUUCAUCACCUGUAAUUGUCUUUGCUCAUGGCGCUGGUGCUCCUUCUUCCUCUGACUGGAUGGUCAGAUGGAAGAAGAUGUUGCACAAGGCACUAAAUGCUGUUGAAGUUGUAACCUUCGAUUACCCAUAUAUUGCUGGAGGGAAAAGAAAGGCUCCUCCUAAGGCAGAAAAACUGGUUGAAUUCCAUACAGAUAUUGUUAGAAAGACGAUGCAGAUGUACGCCGGGCAUCCGUUGAUCAUGGUUGGGAAAUCCAUGGGUUCUAGGGUGAGCUGCAUGGUUGCUAGUGGUAAAGAAGUCAAUGCUUUGGCAGUAGUUUGUUUGGGCUACCCGUUAAAGGGGAUGAAUGGUGCAGUACGAGAUGAAACACUGUUGCAACUCAAAGUUCCUGUCAUGUUUGUACAGGGUAGCAAAGAUGGGCUUUGUCCACUGGAGAAGUUGGAUGCUGUAAAGAAGAAGAUGACUGUAGUCAGUGAAUUGCAUGUUAUUGAAGGUGGUGAUCACUCUUUCAAGAUUGCUAAGAAGCAUCAACAAUCAUCUGGAACUUCUCAAGAUGAAGCUGGAGACCGUGCAAUCCAGGCUAUAGCUACUUUUGUUUCCAAUCUUUUAAAAGAAAGGUGACAAAGUGGCAGCUUAACCCUUUUGGUGGAAGAGUAUUUUGUUUGUCAGAUGGGCACGAACAUAUUUGGUUGACAUGUUCUGCCGAGCUAUCAAUGUUUUUGUGCAUAUGUCUUGGUUAUUACAAGGAGAUGCUCUCUCUAUUAUUCACUAAAGCUUUUGUUGCAUGUAUGCUCCUAGAAAACAAGUUAUUAGGAUUUUGUGAGUUUUCAUUUGGUCUUCCCAGGAGGAUGUGGAUAGACUACUUGGAUCCUCGGAAAACUUUGAAGUGCAAAAUUUGUUACUGUUUGUCUAUAUGGAUACACAUAACAUGUUUA